GUCUACCUAGUAACCUAUUUAGGUACUUACUCUAAUAAGAAAUAAUAUUUGAUAAGUAAUUUAUACCUAUACAAAAAUAUUUCCGUUUAUAGUUCUACUUACCGCAUUCCGUCAAAUAUUUCAAACGAGAAAAGAAAGAAUAGUUAAUUGUUUUACAAGCUUUUAUGACUUUAUGUGAGACAAGAGACUUGAAUACAAAAGAAUAUAAAUCUCCGCUUAGAAACUUACUAGGAAGCACGUUGCAAAAAAGGAUGCGUUUUUUGUUACCCCCGGGGCCGUUGGCGAAAACCAUUGUUCAGUUCGGAGGGCGGGGGAAGUAAUAACUGCAGUAAGGGUGCGUUGUAAUGAAACUUUUACCUGAGGGACCGAUGCAAUGCGGUCUUCAUCUAGUCAUAUAGCACAGCUCGAGUUGUUCGCAUGUUUGUGAGAGUUCAGUGAUGUCUUCCUCAAGGCAGAAUGAUAGCUGUAACUGGUUGCUCGUGGAGUGGAAGAGUGGUGGUCGUGAUGUGGUGUACAUUCGGUCUGUAGUGAGUCCCUUGAAUAAGGAGCUAAGGGCGGGAGAUCAGUUGACGGUGAACCGGCGCGGAGAGCCGGAAGCGGCUACAUUGCAUGCGCGCGCGCGUAAGUAGAUAAUUGAAUUUUUGCUACCCUUGCUGCCCUUGCGCAGGUAACUCAUUUCUAACGGUCUUUGAAAUGCUCAAGUUAGGUAUCUGUGUUAUCUAAAACUACUUCAUUUUGGAAGAAGAUACUAACAAGAUUUAGGUAGGUAAAUAAUUUAAAAAUAAUGUUAAAUUCUUGAUCAGUUUUUCAAUUGGGCUAUUUCUUCCUAUCAGACGCUGUGUACAAAUAAAUUGGUAAAGAUAAUAAUUUUUCGUAGUCAUAACAUAACAACCAGAUAGCCUGCACGUGUUAUUAAAGUGUCGUGUAAAAUUAGGUGCCAACCUUCCCAAAUUACUGCUACAAUAUGCAGCAAUUAUUUUACUUGGUCCUAAAAUGAUAUCACUUCGUCGGUAUUUUAGCUGAAAUCAUAUUCACUUGCGAAUGUAGGAAACUUAACUUACUUAGGGCCUCUAUACAAUUUAGAACUUCAUGCUGACAGAUAAUAAUUUGACAAAAAUACAGGCGAGCGUGACGUGCUGGAUACGAUGCUGAAAGAGACCGGGAGGAAGGAAGAAGCAGGUCCUAGCGUCAAACAUGAAGACGAACCGGAGGACUACUCCUCAAGCGCCUCGUCCUGGGUGCCCAGUGACGAUGGCGCACAAUCUGGAGAUUCUGCUGGGGAAAAAAACAAGAAAAUCAAAUUGGAACAUUGCAAACGUCAGUAUUCCAAUAGAAGAUCAAGUAAAAAGAUUAUGACUCCUUCGCACAGAGCCAACCCAGUUAUUCCGAAGAUUAUGCAGCAAGCCAACAUGGUGAACCGAAAGAGGACAUACGAUUGCCUUAAAAAUGGAUCUAUCAAUAAAUCAACACCAGAUUCCACUAGGAGGAACAAUCAAAAUGUCAAAGGUCAUCAAAAUGUGACUAUCGAUGUUCGUGAACUCAUGAAUAUCAAGAACAGUUUUCAAGUAUUGUUUAACAUGCUUGAGGACUUAAAGCGGCCAGUAUCUUCAGCCGUGAACCAAAGUUCUAACGACCAUACGGCUCCUUUCAAACCAGAAGACAGCCAUGUAACGUAUAAUCAGUCAAUGGACGAAUUGAAGGAGGAUGAUGAAAAUAGUGAAAAUGACGAGUUCAAUCGUUCGGAUGACAAUGUACUGAUAAGCAAUAAGUACACCAAUGUUGCUGUAAAGACAGAUCAGAACAAAGAGUCAGGAAAAGAUGAAUGGAUACCCAUUGGAAGUGGAAAGACUUUAAUACACAGGGACCAAUUCAAGAGAGUCAAUUGGAAGUCAUAUACCAUUGCUACGAGGACCCUACUUCUAGCAGUGUUUCCAAGAAGGAUACUGGCAACACACUCGUUAACUGGCAAGAGAUCGCCAGCUUUUCAAGACAAGCCCGCCAAAAUGUGUUUGGAUCCAAAGAUUAUAUCUGACGUCAUUAUGGAAAUUAUGGAUAGAUUCAACGUCAGGGAGAACCUAGUCAGGAGUAUUAUCACAACCAAGUGUGCCGAUGAGUGCAAAAUGUGGAAAACUCGAGUCAGUAAGAACAAUAAGAAAAAAUCAAAGAACCACGAAAACAUACCGCCGUCGAAUAAUAACUUAGAAGAUCAAAAAGUUAUGUAGGCUCUGAUGUUCUAUGAAACAUGCAUUAUAGGCUGUGAAUUGUCUUUAUUUAUAAUGAGAAACGCCAUAUCCCAGUCCAAUUAGUAAUACCUAUCAAUUAUUUACUACGUCUAUAUACUUUUGUGUAUUAACAUACAUUAUCUGGGAGUAUUAAUGGAUUAACCCAAGCACCUACUAUUUAUCAAAUGUAAUCAAUACCCAUAGAAUUUGAAACAAUGUAUUUCAAUCUUUAGUGUUUUGGUAAAAACAUUAACACUCGUAAAUAUUAAAUUAACUUUCGAAUACAUUGAACACCUUAUGUAUUGAUUUGGACUAGGAUAUUUACCUUUAUAUUGUUAAUUUUAAUUAAUAAACAAAUUAAAACGUAA